CCGGAAAAUCUUGACGAAAACGAGACCAAUCCCCAAAGCCAAGAUAAAAAAAGUGUUCCCAUUCCUAAAUCCAUGGCCUAUUCAUUUUUUUAGAACCCAUUCAUUUCUUCCUUCUCAUUCUCUCCAUUCUCCAUUUCACAACAUCGGAUUAAAGGGAAGGCGGUUGGCGGACCCCACUGCCUCCCUUUCCAACAUCUCGUUUUUUCACUCAACUCUAAUCAAAUCACCUGAUUAAUCCAAUCAUUAAUUAAUCUCUUUCUCUUACACCCAUUAAUCACAAUCAGAUUGGCCAUUAGGUUUCAAUGUUGUUCUUCUUCUCCAUGAGAAGAACGUAGAAACCAAUCGUUGAUGGCAAACCCUACAACUCACCAUGUAAUCAUCGACAUAGCAACAACAACAAAUUCAAAUUCUGAAGCUUCUCCUUCUUCUGUUGAUGUUGUUUCCAAUCAAUCUUCAAAUUCUAGGUUAACAAGAGGCGAUGAGGUUUCUUUAGGACGUGUUUCCAGGACUCCGUUGAAUUCAGGAUUUUGUGUUUCUUUGGAAUUUGUUUUUACGUUUACUCAGAUUAUUGCUUCUGUUGUUGUUCUUCGUUCGUCGAGAAAUGAACAUCCUCACGCUCCGUUGUUUGCUUGGAUUGUUGGGUAUGCUUCUGGAUGCGUUGUUUCGCUUCCUUUGUUGUUGUGGAGGUAUUUUUCUAGGGGAAAUUCGGAGUCGAGAAGCUCGACAACGGUGGAUGAUCCUUCGGGGAUUCUGCUUUCGAAUCCGACUACGAUCAGAGGGGAGGAUGUUGUCCCUGUUUCAUCGAAUCAGGCUUCGUCGUUGUUCACGAAUACGAGAAUCAAGAUACUUGUGGAAUACAUCAAAAUCGUCCUAGAUUUAUUUUUUGCAUCAUGGUUUAUUGUUGGAAACAUAUGGAUAUUUGGAGGGCAAUCAUCUGCUAAUGAAGCUCCAAACUUAUACCGGUUAUGUGUAGUGUUUCUUACUUUUAGCUGCAUCGGUUACGCAUUGCCCUUCAUUCUAUGCUUAACAAUAUGCUGCUGUCUUCCCUGUAUAAUUUCCACUCUUGGGGUCAAUGAGGAUAUGGCACAAACCAGAGGUGCAACCUCUGAAUGCAUUGAUGCUUUACCAACUCACAAGUUCAAAUUGAAGAAAAGCAAAAGCAUAGAUGAAAACACUCCGGCUGUUAUUGAAGGUGGAGUUGUUUCCGGAGGAACCGAAAAGGAACGCAUGAUCUCCGGAGAAGAUGCAGUUUGCUGCAUAUGCAUAGCGAACUAUGAAAACAACGAUGAAUUAAGAGAAUUGCCUUGUUCACAUCUUUUCCACAAAGAUUGUGUAGACAAGUGGUUAAAGAUAAAUGCAUUAUGCCCCCUUUGCAAAAGGGAAGUUGGCAGGAAUGAAACAGGACCGGUCAUCGAGGAAAAUGCCAGCCAACAAAGGGGCGAGAGCAGGAUUGAGAACAGUCCUGCCAAUACCCCGCCGUAAUAUAGUUGCACAUAUAUGAUCAUAUAUUUAAUCCAGACUGCAGUUUUGUAAAACUUUUCCUUCUUAUCAUCUGCCCACUCUUUUCCUUGGAUUGACGUCUGAAUCUUAGUGCAUCUUUGAAAUUACAGUGAGUUUGACAAUAUUACGGGGCCACACCGUAUUUUGUUGAAGUUUCAAAGUGCAAUUUUUGGCCAAAAUCACAAUGAUACAUUGUGAUUGUGCUAAACUCAGCGUCUUUCCAAACAUGUACUUAGUUCAAUCAUUUUGUUUUGUUUUUGUUGAUAACUAGUGGGUUGAUAUCGGCCAAUGUUUCACUGGCCGAUACUGGAGUUGUAAGUGAAUGGAGGUUAUAUUUGCAGAGGCUUUGAUGGGGGAGAGAAUAUUAAUAAUAGAAAGAUAGAGAGAAAUGAAUUGAAGUGUUUCUUCUUCUUUUGUA